AUGAAAGCGAUAAGUCCCUUACAAGGUAGAAAGUGGGUUUUUGUCUUGACCCUGUCAAGCGCCUGCGCCAAGUUAGCAUUCACAUCGCCGCCAGUUUUCCACGCUUUAGCGACGUCCCACCUUCUCAAGCGUUUCCCAAGCACUGCCUCGCUAGAAUUUCUGUUCAGCAGUCAGCAGGAGGUGAAGGCGGCGACGAUGUUCCUCCUCACAGCCCAGUCCGACCAGGGCGCACAGCUUGCCCGACUGACGUUUGGGGAAAACCGGGGCGCCGCACAGCAGUUUCACCAGCAGCAAGCUCAGUACGGCGGGUUCAGUAACGGCUAUGGGCAGCCGGAGUCGCGUUUCCAGCAGUACGGCUAUAACAGCGGGGCGCGUGCGGUUCCGCAGACCUUCGACUUCACCGAGUCCCUCCUCGCAACGGCAUGUUGCUAUUCGCGCGCCGUAGCCGUCACUGUCGACAAAACCGUUCUGCUUGAGACAGAGGCAGCUGCGCUGGCCCGCCUGCCCAGUCUGCAGGAGCUCAGGCUGGACACCAACUCCUCCGCGCAGCCCCUGCGGCGGCCCCUGCUGCAGCUCAUGCUAGGCAGCCUGACGGGCCUCCGCGUGCUAAAGCUGUCGUACAUUCGUGACACCACCGCGGACAUGGUCAUGAGCUUGCCUCGCCUACACCACCUAACGAAGCUGACUCUGCAGUACGCGUAUUGGGGCGAGUCGGGAGCUGGUGAGCGCGUCAUGGGGGGCUUGGUCAAGUACCAGAAGCAGCUGGCAGAACUGCACCUGUACGAGUGCGGCGUCAAUGAUGACAUGCUGCGUCUCAUCAUGGGCAUUACAACGCUGCGGCGUUUGCACAUCCAAGACGAAGACGCGGAUGAGGAGCGGUGCCCCAGUAACAAAGGCCUCGCGCGCAUCACACAAUUGCGGCGGCUGGAGCAGCUUGAGCUGUUUGGCGAAGAGUUCCAGCUGGAUGGGGAGCUGCUUUCCCGGCUAGCGCAGCUUCAUGCGCUGCGGCACCUGGCUAUGGCCGGGCUUGACUCGCUGCAACCGGACGAUGCGGAGUCGCCGGGGGCCCAGGCGGAGGGUCUUGGGGCGGAGGUUGAGGAGAUGGAUCUGUCAAGCAGCAUGGGUGAGCGGGGCCCGGGCAGUGGUGAUGACGAGGAGAGCUACGAAAGCCUCAGCGGGACAUCCCAGGGCGGGGACGAGGCGACGUCGCGGCCGCAGCCUUCGCGGCCGCACAACUGCAUGAGGCCCACUGAAAGGGCGGCCGCACCUCAACCUCAACUAGCGCUGCGGCAGGGGCAGGCGCAGCGGGAAGGCGCGGCGCAGGCUGCCACGUGGACGGCACCCCCCGCUGUGAACAACAAUAACAGUUUGCUAUCUCCACACGGCAGCCAGCCGUCGCGGGUUGGGGGCGGUACUAGCGGCCUCGGCGCUGCCCCGAUGGCGCCAGUGCAAGUCCUACGACGCCUCGAGACCCUGCGGCUCUACGGUCCCAGCAGCCUGUGUGCAUCGCCACCACCGCUUGCAUUGCUACUGCCUCAGCCGCAGCUGCGCAACCUGAAGCUCUCGGCCUGCGCGUCACACGCGAACUUGCGGGCGUUGUCGCUGCAGGCUGGGCUGCGCAAGCUGAUCGUCUCCCAUACGGCAGUGCCGCUGCUGUAUCCGGUGAUGCUACCACAACUCCACCACGCUGGCGCGAGCAUUCUGGGCUUUCACUGUGAGGUUCUGUAUGGGCUGGCGUCGCUGCAAAUCCUGCGAAUUAAGGACCUUACGGGCUUUGUGGACAGCCAUCUGUCUGACCUUGCGGUCGCAUUGUGCCGUCUACCUAGCCUAGAGGAGCUCAAGCUGCGUGCGCUAGGCUCCGUGUCAGACGGAGGUGUGGCGGCGCUUGCGGCGGUGACUCGGCUGCGCCGGCUGAAGCUGUACGCUCUAGGUGAUGGCGUCACUGAGGGAGGGAUUGCGCACCUUGCGUCAAGCCUGCCAUUCCUGGAGGAGCUCAAAGUCAAGGACUGCCGCCGCGUGGGUCCAACUCUCCGGUCGACGGUUGUCGCGUACCGGACGGCCGCGGCCGCAGCGGCGGCGGCGGCGGCCGGCGGCCAGCCGGCCCAGCGUAUGACGGCGCUGUCACUCGCGCAGCCGCAGGUUCCCAUGCCCGUUGUCCGCUACGGAUCUGCCGAGUGCGAAGGUGGAAGGGACGCACGGCGGCGUGAGGCAUGA